AUGGAUCACUCUCACCACGACCACUCCCAUCACGAAAUGAUGGACCACUCGGCUCACAUGGGCCACGGUGAUCACGGCGGUGAUGGCCAAAACAUGUGCAACAUGAACAUGCUCUUCACCUGGGACACCAACAACCUCUGCAUCGUCUUCCGCCAAUGGCACAUCUCCUCCAACUUUUCCCUCUUCGUCUCCCUCCUCGCCAUCGUCGCCCUCGGCGCCGGCUACGAAGCCCUCCGUGAAGCCAUCCGUCGCUAUGAAGCCGCAGUCACCAGACGGGCCAACUCCGUCCCUCGAGAAAUCGAGUCUCGAUAUCAAGACGAGGAAGAUCAUGAACAAGAUGCUGAGACAGCCCCCUUCUUUGGCGCUGUGAUUACAGGCCAGAACAGAGACGAGGUCACCAAACGGGCGCACAUCAUCAAGAGUGUCUUGUAUGCGGUGCAGAACUUUUAUGCUUUUAUGAUCAUGCUCAUCUUCAUGACUUACAACGGCUGGGUCAUGCUCGCCUGCUCCUUUGGCGCCGGCCUCGGAUACCUCUUGUUUGGCGGCCAGACCACCGUAGCAAAGGAGACAGCCUGCCAUUAA